AUGCUCAAUAAAAGAAUUGAUGAGGUUGAAGAAUAUCAUUUGAAAUCUCCUCAAUUAAACUCCAAAUCUUCUAUAUAUAUUCCAGCUUCUUCUACUCAAAUUAUUGUCUUGAUUUGUCAACUUUUGAAUGCUAUAAAUCAAACAUAUUUACAAAUUCCUCUACAACUAAAUGAUAUUGAAAAAAAUAAUUAG